GAGUGAUGUGGGAACCACCCGUUCUGUGUGAAAGACAAGAAAGAAAACAUUUGAUGAAGGGAAGAAACCAAACAUCUAAUAAAUGGAAGCCAUGAAGAUAUCAAAGCGGUUCUUCGCUUUUGGGAUUUUGGCAUGCAUAGCUAUUUAUGUUGCAUACAUAAAAUGGCACUUGGAUUCCAAACCAGUUGUGGUAUCAACAGAAGGAGUUGCUGAAAGCAGAGGAGAAAAACUGAACCAUCAGGCACUGACCACAGAUCUCUCGGUUUUUUAUGGAAUUAUGUUUGACGCAGGCAGCACAGGAACUCGUGUCCAUAUUUUUAAAUUUACACAACAGCCAAAAGAGACUCCCAAAUUAACCCAUGAGACGUUUAAAGCACUGAAGCCAGGUCUAUCCGCAUAUGCAGAUGAUGUCGAAAAGAGUGGCCAGGGAAUAAAAGAGCUUCUGGAGGUGGCAAAGAAGGAAGUUCCUAUGGAGCUGUGGAAGUUUACUCCUCUGGUCCUGAAAGCCACAGCUGGCCUACGGUUGCUGCCAGGAGAGAAAGCUCAGAAGUUACUGGAUAAGGUGAAGGAGAUUUUUCAAGCCUCCCCCUUCUUUGUGAGGGACAACUGCGUGUCAAUAAUGAAUGGAAGCGACGAAGGUAUUUCAGCCUGGAUCACAAUAAAUUUUUUAACAGGUAGCCUAGAUGAUCCGCAGAAGAGAAGUGUAGGGAUGCUUGAUUUGGGUGGUGGAUCAACACAGAUCACCUUCCUUCCCCGCACCGAGGCAACUCUCCAGACAUCACCAGCUGGCCACACAACUUCAUUUCAGAUGUUUAACAACACCUACAAUCUGUAUUCGUACAGUUACCUGGGACUCGGGCUGAUGUCAGCAAGGCUCGCCAUUUUAGGAGGAGUUGAGGGAAAACCCUUAGGAGAAGGGGAGGAAUUGAUCAGCCCUUGUUUACCACCUGGUUUCAUAUCUGAAUGGCAACAUGCUGAGAUAGUGUACAAAAUCAAAGGACAGAAGGCAGGUGAGCCUCUGUACGAGUCUUGUUCUAACAAAGUGGCAAAGAUGCUCUAUAAAAAAGUGCAUAAAGCUGAGGAAGUGAAGGACUUGGAUUUUUACGCUUUCUCCUACUACUAUGACCGUGCAGCAGAGGUUGGUCUCAUCGAUAAAGAAAAAGGAGGAAGCUUAACUGUUGGUGACUUUGAAAUUGCAGCUAAAUAUGUAUGUAAGACCAUGGAAAUCAGCCCUGGAAGCAGCCCUUUCCUCUGCAUGGACCUCACGUACAUCACAUCCCUCCUGCAAGAACUGGGCUUCCCAAGGAGCCAAGUCUUUAAGCUUGCCCGGAAAAUUGACAAUGUUGAAACGAGCUGGGCGUUGGGAGCCACUUUUCAUUACAUCGACUCACUCAAUAGACUCCAGUACUAAAGCUCUUUGAAGAUGACUUUUAGGAAUCUCAGUUUUUGGAAGCCCAACACGGGAGAAUCUGUUGAAGGGCCUGCUUUUGGCCUCUGGAGUCCUUUGGGAGGUCAUCAUAAAUUAGGCCCCUUUCCUCCCACCCCCUUCCAAGUCCCUUCCAUCCCUAGCUCUUUUUUCACAGUGCAGAGUGCAGUAUCUAAAGAAUAAGCCUUGAUUUGACAGCAUCUGCAGUCAUCUUGUUGUAAAACUUGAUCAUUGUUGAAGGAAAACCAGGACUCUGCAGGACAUCUAUAAUCUCUAUGAGAAAAACACACCUUUUUGGAACUUGCCUGUACUAUUUGCUUAUACUGUACUGA